AAUACUUAAACCGGCUGCCGGCUGGAGAUACCUAUCUUCCUCAGCUGUUAUUCCACCAGUACUGGAUAACAGAAGCUAGUACACAUUAAGACAUUUCAUUCUAAUCAUUUGGAAAGCCAAGACAUGGAAGCUGAAGCUGAUCUUCCAGAGCUCCCAAAUGAAAUCAAAAUCUCCCAAGGCUGCUGGCCAAGUCCCUAAUGGGCUUCAAGUGCGUUUGCAAGUCAUGGUGCUCUCUCACUCGCGGCCCUUCCUUUCUUGCAUUCCACCGAGCCUUGUGCUGCAACAGCACCAGCAGGUACACUCACCUCCUCCUCCAUUUCUGGGACAGAACCACAAGGCAGGAUCACUUGCUCUCCGUCAAAAUUAUCCAAGAUGGAAGUAGUCCAUCACCCACCACACACUGUCUAACACUGCCCUAUGAACAUCAUCUCUACCUUACCCAUUCUAGCAAUGGCUUGGUACUACUUCACCCUGGUAAUGACCUGAUUUAUCACAAAGAACCUGACCAUGAAUACGCCAUGCAUAUAUUCAAUCCCUGCACCAGAGAGUCCAUUACUCUUCCCAAUAUUAUUCCUUCACCCACAAGCUACCCCUGGAUCGACGUUGUACACCUCUUCGGGUUCUGUCUUCUUACUAACGAGUACAGGGUUCUCCAAGUCCAAGUUCAAAUGUCUUUAGGUGAAUCUGCUCGAACCAUUACUUUCAAGAUUUUCACACUGGGAACACAUUCAUGGAGGACCAUACAGGUAGACCUCCAUGAUCUCCCUUUUGAUCCUUUUAAGUGGGAUAUUUUUCAGAAAAGUUUGUGCGUAAAUGGAUCCCUGCAUUGGUUUCAUACCGACACUAGCUCCUAUACGUUUCGUAUCAUUGUGGUUUUUGACCUCAUAGAGGAGAGACUAAGAGCCAUAGAUCUUCCGGAACCUUGUACCUGGGGAGCUGAAAUAUUUGAAUUGGAUGGAUGUCUAGCUCUAGUAGUUGCCGAGUCGUUUAACAUUAGGUCUGAAGAUGGCGAGCUGUUAGGGCAGCAUGACAUGAUAGAGCUAUGGAUUUUGAGGGACUACCAAAGUCAAGUGUGGGUUAAGGAGACUGUCACUAUUCCCAUUCAUUUGAGGGGAUCAAGAGACCAUGAACAUCCUCCAUCGUGUACGAUCCACCCUACACUCUCAUGUCUCCCUUUGUGUACGAUCCAUUCAGGUGUGCUCAUGCUUCAAGUUUCAACAGCAAACCAGUUAUCUAUUUAUGUAUAUGAUAUGAAGAGUAAAACUUUUCGGAGAAGUGAAAUCAUGUUGCCUGGAUGGUUGUGUGGGGAUGUUCAAGUGGAGUUGCUUACUACUUAUGAUGAUGAAAACAUUGUCCCCUUAAGAUGACAAGUGCUUACAACAACAUAAAUUAAUACUCAGAAAUCAACAUAUUUAUGCAAUACUAGGCAAGUUUACAAUGUACUUUGCAUAACAAACCUCACAGAUGAAACCCGUGGAUCCUGAAGCACAGCACUUGAAAUAGUCUUCUCCUGAAACUGUUUGAUAGAACUGAACUAUUUUUCUAUGACAUUCAAAAUUUGAGACCUGCUGGAAACUUGCAGCAAAACCCAAUUUUGUACACCCUCGCAGGGAGGAAUUAGCUAGAGUGUGGCAAGCUUGAUUGAACUGAAAAUGAACAUAUAGUUGCACCUUGAAAGGUGAGACUUGUCCAUUGGAAUUCGUAGAAACAAAUCCGCAUGAUCAGUUAGGAGAUUAUCUUUGUAACUACUUUGUUUGAUGCAAAUCUGGUCUCCAUCAAAGGUUUGGAUCCGUCGAUUUAUUCAAGAGAUGUAUUAGACCUGUCAACAAGUCCAAUGUAUCAUGUAAAUCUGCCUCUUUGUCUUUCUAUCUGGAUUUUACUUUAGUAUUGACUAUGAAAAACAGAGAAAUCAACUUAUUCAACGAUGCAAUGCCGUGCUUUCCAAGUAGAAGAUUGUUUAAAUAACAGGUUAAGGUCAAGCCAGCUGCAAUCAAACUUUGGAGGUUUAACAAGGAAAUAUUUGCUCACCAAGCAUUUUUCUUGUGCCCGCUACCAGCUGGAGAUACCAAUCUUCCUCACAUUGCAGUUAUGACACCAGUACUUUAUAAGCUGUUCUUUUAUUUCAGUAACACUGCUUCUGUCUGCUUUUCCAUCAAGACAUUUGACUCCGACUAUUUGGGAUGCUAAGACCUAGCUACAUGGAAGCUGAAGCUCAUCUUCCCGAGCUGCCAAGUGAAAUCAUAUGCUUCCAAAUACUCCCAAGGCUACCGGCCAAGUCCCUAAUGCGCUUCAAGUGCGUUUGCAAGUCAUGGUUCUCUCUCACUCGCAACCCUUCCUUUCUUAGAGUCCACCGAAACUUGCGCUGCAACAGCAGCAAUAUGUACACUCACCUCCUGUUACAUUUCUACGACGAAACCGCAUUGCAUGAGCGCUUGCUCUCCCUCCAAAUCAACCAAGAUGGUAGUCCAUCACUCCUCACACAUUGUCUAACACUGCCCUACGAAUAUCGUCUUUACCAAACCUACUCUAGCAACGGCUUGGUACUUCUUAAGCUUGGUAAUGCUUUGAUUUAUGACCACCCCAUUCGUAUAUUUAAUCCCUGCACCAGAGAGUCCAUUACUCUUCCCCUUCCUAAUUUUCCUACACACAUAAGCUACCCCUGGUUCCAGAUUGUACACCUCUUUGGGUUCAGUCCUCUCACUAAUGAGUAUAAGGUUCUCCAAGUCCAAUAUCGCAACUCUUUAGGUGAAUCUGCUCGAACCAUUCAUGGCUUUACUUUCAAGAUUUUCACACUGGGCACACAUGCAUGGAGGAACAUACAGGGAGACCAUCUCCCUUUUGAUCCUCUUGAGUGGGACUUUCUUAAGAAAAGUGUGUGUCAAUGGAUCCCUACAUUGGUUAACAGGCUAUAGGUUUGCUAGCAUAGUGGUUUUUGACCUCGGAGAAGAGAGAAUGAGAGCCAUCCCUAUUCCGGAAGAUUAUAUCCCGGACUGCCACUAUGUGAAUUGGAUGGAUGUCUAGCUCUAAUAGAUCCCGAGUCGUUUGACAUUUGGUCUGAAGAUGGCGAGCUGAAAGAACAAGACGACUGUAUAGAGCUAUGGAUUUUGAAGGACUCCCAAAAUCAUGUGUGGAUUAAACACACUGUCACUUUUCCCAUUCAUUUGAGGGGAUCAAGAGACCAUGAACGUCCUUCGUUGUGUACUAUACUAUCAUGUUUUCCUUUAUGUACAAUCCAUGCAGGUGUGCUCAUG